AUGUGUGGGAUAUUAUUGAGAGUUUCAAAUUCAUCAGUGGAGACACCAUCUUGCAUUUCAUGUUUAUCAAAUGUUGAUGGAAAGUAUGAACAAUGGGAUACUCUAGAUCCCGAGAUAAUUCAAAGUUUUCUUGACAAUGGAUCAAAAUUAUCACCAUUGACUGAACAACAACUAUACAAACUUGAUAACCUUCCUCUUCUAAGAGAGUUGAAUAAUCAAUUACUGAAGAUUAAAAAUAAUGUAAAAGCUGACCCGGUUGUUAGACAACAACAAAUUGACGAAGUUCAAAAUCAAAUCGACGCUAUUUCAAAAGAAGAAGAAAUAAUCAUGGAAAAAGAUGAUAUGAACCAAUUAAUUUACAAGAUUUCAAAUCGUGGACCUAAUUAUUUAAAUUAUACCGAGUUUGAACAUUCUGGAUUUACAUUUCAAUCAUUUCUGGCAAUUCUUUCAUUAAGACAACCAUUUACUAAACAACCAAUAAUUAAAGAUCAAUUUGUAUUACAAUUUAACGGUGAAUUAUAUAAUGAAGAAUGUUUGAAUAAAAAUGAUACACAAUAUAUUAUUGAUAAAUUGCAUGAAAAUUUGCAAUCCAAAUCUCGAAACAUGGCAAUUUUAGAAACAUUAAAAUACCUCGAUGGUGAAUUUGCAAUUAUUCUUGUUGAUUUAGUUGAUAACAAGAUUUAUUUUGGUCGUGAUUCGGUUGGGAAAAGAUCAUUAUGUUAUGAAUUGACAGAUAAUGAUCUUAUUAUCAGUUCUGUUUCAACUGUGGGAUUUGUUAAUUGUAAGAAUGAGAUUUAUGAAUAUGAUAUAAAAUCUCAUACUGUGGUCAAUCAUGUUUUACAUAAACUUGCAGAAUACCAGCAAAACAUAAAUUCAGAAAAACAGAUUGUUAUACAGUUAUAUGAGGAACUCAAAAAAUCAGCAUUCAAGCGCCAAGAUGAAAUUCAUCCAUUACACGAAGAAGAAGAGAAAGACAGGAGUAAAUUAGCUGUUUUAUUUAGUGGUGGAUUGGAUUGUACAAUAGUAGCUGCUUUAAUUUGUGAACAUUUGUCUAAUCAGUCGAUUUCCUCAACUAUUGAUUUAUUAACAGUUGGGUUUGAGAAUCCAAGAACAAACCAGAAGAGUAGUAAUAGUCCUGAUCGUCAGUUAGCUGUUAAAUCAUGGUUUCAUUUGUGUAAACAAUUUCCUAAAGUUAACAUCCAAUUGAUUGAAAUCAAUGUUGAUUAUAGAUCAUGGUAUUCACAUAAACAAAGGGUCAGAAAUCUAAUGUAUCCUUACAACACAGAAAUGGAUCUUUCAAUUGCAAUUGCUUUUUAUUUUGCAUCGAGUUGUUUACCUGAUCUAACCACCAAAGUUGUAUUAACUGAUAAGACUAUUUCAUGGGACGAUUUUCAAACUGAUCCAUUGAAAUAUACUACUCGAAUCGAAGGGUAUGAAUCUAAUGCAAAGGUAUUAUUCAGUGGACUUGGUGCUGAUGAAUUAUUUGCAGGAUAUUCACGCCAUGAAGCGAUAUUCAAUUCCAACGGAGGAACUCAUGAUAAUGAUGAUGAACUUUAUCAAGAACUUCAAGAAUCAUUAAAUUAUGACAUUACAAUAAUCCACGAACGAAACCUUAGUCGUGAUGAUAGAGUGGUUAGUUGUUGGGGCAAAGAAUUAAGAUAUCCUUACUUAGAUGAAGGAUUCAUUAAUUGGGUGGUUAAAAACAUCCCACCACAAUUGAAAUUCAAAUAUGAUUAUAUUCCAAGUAAAAAGAAAGCCAAUAAAUUGAUUUUCACCGCGGUUAGAAAAUAUAUUCUAAGACAAUUAGCGGAGUAUCUAGAUAUGGGAUAUGUAUCUCAAGAAUUGAAAAGAGCUAUUCAAUUUGGAGCAAAAUCAGCCAAACUAAAUAUUGGAGAUAGUAAAGUGAAAGGAACCGAUAGUUUAUAA